AAACCUGGAAUGUAUUUACCACUUGCCAGAACGAAUAAGUGGGGACUGGUUCUGUACUGUUAUCCAUAUGACGGAAUUAAGUUUUGCAAAAGGUGUGAAGGCUAUUAUACAGAUUCUAGAAUUACUUGGUUCUGCAAAAUCCACGAAUCAAAUCAGUAAUACAGGAGCAACGACAGCUGAGGAUAAAAUAAGCACUUGCUUGGAGGAAGUCAGUAGAUCCAUAAAAGACAUGAAAUAUUCACUGUCCAGAAUGCGUGACCACCUUGAUGCAAGAUCAUUCUUUGAUAUCAUUCGUCCAUUUCUUGAUGGGUGGGGAGGGGAUAAAAGUCCACUUCCAGAAGGUCUUAUAUAUGAAGGCGUAUCUGACAUUCCAGUCAAGCUAACAGGUGGAAGUGGAGCCCAGAGCACAACUUUACAAGUUCUAGAUUCUCUACUUGGAGUUGAACAUACAGCUGACAAAAGAAUUUUUCUAACUGAAAUGAGGAAUUAUAUGUUACCAAGUCAUAGACGUUUUGUUGAAGACAUUGAACAAUACCCAUACCCAUUAAGACAAUUUGUGAUAUCAAGCAGCAAUGAGGCACUAAAAUCCAGCUACAACCGAUGUUUAUCUACCCUUCAAGAGUUGAGGGAUUAUCAUAUAAAGAUUGUAAAAAUGUAUGUUGUCAUCCCAUCAAGGAAAGCAAAUGAAAGCAUUAAUAAAAGCCUGGAUGAGCGAGGAACUGGUGGUUCCAAUCUAAUCCCAUUUCUUAGAGACAUAUGCUUUGCCACUGAAGAGAAGAAGUUACACACAGUGGAGCCUGCUGCAACAACUGUGUUAAGGAGCAGGUGGAAUGUUCUAGAACCAACCAUUAGAUUCUGUGGAACUGUAAUGCUUCUAGCUGUAGCUGGAUUUGCUACCUCCUCUGUGAUUUCACUUCUUCAAGCCCAGAAGAUAUGA